AUGAAAAUAGAGAAUAAAUCCAUGUGAUUUAAGAAUCUUUCUCACUCUCUAUGCCCUUUUAAAACCACAUGCAUUAAGCUACUUCUCUUCAUCAGUUCACCGUCAUCAUUACAAUGUUUCCUUAUCUCUAUAUCCUUUGAAGCCAAGAAAAGCACUUCAAUUACUAUUCAUGCUCUGUUUUUAUUAUCCUUCUUUCAUUCUCUCUGUUUUGCUCUUAACCUUCAUUGGACACUAACUCUGUAUUGCUCUUAAGACAUCAUCAAAACCCAUUUUUAACCGAACCAGAGAUGCUGCAGACUGUAAGCAAGUAUCGAUGGAGACAGUCGUGUCGUUACAAGAAGCUAGCUGAUCAUCAUGAGGAAUUGACAACAACAACAACAAGGUCGGUUAAAAGGCAGAACUUGGGGAAGAAGAACGAGAUUCGAGCAAAAGGGUUUAGACUAAACCGACCAAGGAAGCUGGUUCUUAAGGCAUUAGCUUUGCCUAGAAGGAUCUUUAACAUUUAUAUGCGCAUCACAAAUAAGAUGAACAGAGAAGGUUUAUAUCCUAAUCUUGUUUUUUCUUCUCAUUGGGGUUUCCCUGUUCUGCUGAAUUCAAGAGGUGGGUUCCGUUAGAGAGAAGAAAUCUGCUUCUGAGUAAUCAAAAAGGAAUGAAACAUAGAAACGUAAAGCCUGUGUUUACAUUACAUACAUUAUACAUACUAUGAUCUUGUGAAUUACAAUGUUGUUGAU